AUGCCUCGGGAAGCUGAGAUCUCCAUAAACGAGCGCGAGUUCAUCAAGCAGGCGCUGCAAGAACAAAUUCGCCUCGACGGUCGCGCAUUCGAUGCAUUUCGCCCUCUAGAGCUCACUUUUGGCGAGGAAUAUGGUGUCGCAGAUGUGCAAUUGGGGAAGACAAGAGUUGUUGCGCGCAUCUCCGUCGACGUAGUCACCCCGGCGCCGGAGCGCAAGUUCGAUGGCCUCUUCCAGAUCGUCACCGAGUUCUCGCCUAUGGCUUCGCCUGCAUUUGAGAUCGGACGACCUACCGAUGCUGAGAUCAUUCUCUCCCGUAUCUUGGAGAAAGCUAUUCGACGCUCGAAUGCCCUCGAUACCGAGUCGCUCUGUAUCAUCGCAGGACAAAAGUGCUUCUCUCUCCGGGCCGACGUACACAUCAUUGACCACGACGGAGGGUUGAUCGAUGCUUCGUGCAUUGCCGUCAUGGCUGCGCUUCAACACUUCAGGCGACCAGACGUCCAAGUAGAAGGAGAAAAGGCCAUUAUUCUGAGCGUACGCGAACGCGAACCGAUACCGCUUUCUAUCCUGCACCAGCCACUAUGUGUCACAUUCUCAUAUUUUGAAGACGACGAAGUUUACUUGGUCGAUGCGAACGCAGCUGAGGAGCAGGUUCGCCAGGGGCAGGUCAUUAUCACCAUGAACAAGCACGGCGAAAUCUGCCAAAUCGCGAAGUAUGGCGGCGCGACCAUCAAUCCACUGGCUCUUCUAAACUGUACCAAUAUUGCGCUGGACAAGGUCAAGCAAAUUGGUAAAUACAUACAGAAAAAGCUGGAUGACGAUAAUAAAAAGAGGAAUCCAAAGAGCCUCAUGAACGAGCUCAGUGCUGAAAACGCCAGAGAGAAUGCUGCAAUUCCAGGAUGA